GCCAAACACGACAUUACUCAGUGCGGCUAUCUGAGUUAACAUCCUCCCGCAACAAUGUUCUCUUCUUCUUCUUCCUCAAAGUUUUCCAUCAUUCUCUGUCUGUUAACUUUUGCUUUUCUUCUCCAAUCAGUUAUCGGUGCAGACCCUCUCUUUCACUUCUGUUCCAGCUCUGGAAAUUUCUCCACUUAUGAUCCUUACGAGGCAAACUUAAACAAGCUCAUUGGUUAUCUCUCCUAUCAAGCUCCUUCCACGGGCUUUGCUAAGGGCUCAAUAGGGGAUGAGCCAAACCAAGCCAACGGCCUCGCUCUCUGCAGAGGCGACGUCUCUUCAGAUGAUUGCAAAACUUGCAUUCCAGAGGCUGGCAGCGAGAUCCGCAAGCGCUGCCCGUCAAACAAGGGUGCAAUCAUAUGGUACGAUAACUGCCUCGUGAAGUAUUCCGACGUUGACUUCUUCGGACAGAUCGAUAACCAGAACAAGUUCUACAUGUGGAAUGUCAGAGAAGUAAACAACUCUGUCACGUUCAAUCAGAAGACCAAGGAACUGCUUAGCCAACUUGCACAAGAAGCUUACAGAGCUCCGAAACUGUACGCAACCGGAGAGACGGAGUUGGAGGGAUCAACGAAGCUUUACGGGUUGACUCAGUGUACUAGAGAUCUCUCUGGAGUUGAUUGUAAGAAGUGUCUUGAGGGCAUAAUUGGGGAGCUUCCGAACUGCUGUGAUGCGAAAGAAGGUGGUCGAGUCGUUAGUGGCAGUUGCAAUUUCAGAUAUGAGAUAUACCCUUUCGUUAGUGCUUAAUUUACUUCGGAGAAGUAGUGUCUGGGUUUGAAGGAUUGUAAUAAUUAGCAUGCAUUACAAAGCAUGCAGAAAUAAUAUAUAAUUACCCUAAUCUUUGCAAGUAAUAAAAGAAUAUUCUAAAU